CCAAUUUUACUGUGUGUGUGUGUUUUAUAGGGGGCCCUUUUCCAUCUGCAAGCCCAGUGGAUUUAUGAUAUGCACACACAACUAAGUUUGACAAUAAAGCACCGCUGCGCUUUAGUUUUCGAUUCAUUGUGAGCACACACGGUUUUCCGCGGAUGCGUCCCUCUAUGCUUUAAAUAUCUUUUUACUAAAGCUCCGGGAUAUGUCGAGAGGCGGAGGCGUUUCUUCUUCAAUCCACCCAAAGCCUCCCAAAGUUGGGACCCCACUGACGCGCUAUGACAUGAAGCAGGAACACACUUGUGGACGUCACUGAAGUUGCCAAUAGGAGGACGACUUCAUUGAAUUUUUACUCUGAACUGAUCUCUAACGAGCCACCUUGCUAAGGCAAUACAGUGGGCUGGCCUGCUGUUACUAUCUUUUGCCACCUGUGAAACACUACUGCCAUCAUGCAGACCUCAUCGCUCCGCCGCCAGAUGAAAAACAUGGUCAACAACUACACGGAGGCCGAGAUCAAGGUCCGGGAGGCCACCUCCAACGAUCCCUGGGGUCCUCCCAGCUCGCUCAUGUCUGAAAUCGCAGACCUGACCUUCAAUGUAGUGGCUUUCACUGAGGUUAUGGGUAUGAUCUGGAAGCGGCUCAAUGACCACGGUAAAAACUGGCGGCAUGUUUAUAAGGCACUGACCCUGCUGGACUACCUGAUCAAAACAGGAUCUGACCGUGUGGCCCAUGAGUGCCGGGAGAACAUAUACACCAUCCAGACGCUGAGAGACUUCCAGUACAUGGAUCGAGAUGGACGUGACCAAGGUGUCAAUGUCCGGGAGAAGGCCAAACACCUGGUGGCUCUGCUGAGGGACGAAGAAAAGCUGAAGAAGGAGAGGAGCCAGGCAAUGAAGACCAAGACGCGCAUGACGGGGGUCACCAGCAGCUUAGGCUCUGGAUCCCUGCCUCCUCCAUACCCAGGAGGUCGCACUAGCCGCCCCAGCUCGGCAGGGGUCCACGGGGAUGAGUUUGGUAUGUGCAGAGGCUCCCCAUCCUCCUUUCACUCCUCCUCUUCCUCUCCUCGAGUUGCUCCAGAACUGGAGCAAGCUCGGCCCACGACGAGUGGAGAAGAGGAGCUGCAGCUGCAGCUGGCCUUGGCUAUGAGCCGAGAAGAAAGUGAAAAGCCACCUACUACAGUGGAUAUUGAUGAACAGACCCAGCUCCAGAUCGCUAUGACUCUCAGCAAGGAGGAGGCCCAGAAGCCAGUUCAACGUGCACCUCCCACAGUGGAUAUGGAUGAGGAAACCCAGCUCCAGUUAGCCCUGAGCCUGAGCAAGGAGGAGCACCAGCAGGAGCAAAUCAGUCGCCAAGGAGAUGAGUCAAUGCUCCGGAAAGCUCUGGAGGAGAGCAAACUUGAAAUGAAGUCUAAAGGCGGGACCGCCUUCAUGGACCUGGUAGAUGUUUUUGCAGUGCCCUCAGAUCCGCCUCCUAGUGACCACCGAUGGAAUAAUCCCCCAAGCCAGGCAGCUGCUCGCCCGGGGGGCACAGACCCCUGGGACUCCCUGGAAGGCAGCACCAACACUUUGAGAGUGGAUCCUCCCUGGAUGGCACCGCCAACUUCCAGCAGCCCCCCUCCACCGUGGGAGCCCCCAGUCAACCCCUGGGAUGACCCGCAGAACAAUGUCUCCAACCUCAACGCCACAGGCCGAGUGUGGGCCUUCCCUGCCAACACAGGAGUUGAUCCGUUCUCAGAAAGAGCAGCACUCAAGGGAGCUGUCAAGGAACCUUCUUCCCGAACUGGAAGCCCCUCAGAUGGAGAUAUGUUUGAUGACGCCAUGGAUGGAGGUCAGAUGAAUGUAAAUGGACGAGGGGAGGGCAGUCCUGAGCUAUUUGACCUGUCAUGUCUUGGAGAAAGCCUGGCUGCACCCAGCCCUCGUACAUGCCGGACACCUGAGGCCUUCCUGGACCCCACAGCAGCUUCUUUGGUAAACCUGGACAGCUUGAUCCCAGCAAAUCCUCCAGCCAAGACCAAGAACCCCUUUCUAUCAGGGCUGAGUGCUCCUUCACCCACCAAUCCAUUCCAAACUGAGCAGCCCAAACUAACUCUGAAUCAAAUGGGCCUCACCUCUUCGGCUCCCCACGCCACCUCUCUUCCGUACAGCGCUUCCUUGCCCCUGCCUACGAGCCACCAGCCUGCCAGCCUACCUUCGUCACUUACUCACCCCACCCAGCCUGGUCUGGGCCUGCCAGGGAACCUCCCUGAGCCCUUGUUGCCCUUCUCUUCAGCCAGCACUGAGGGAUCACAUGCUGCAGAGAGCAGUCAGAACCCUUUCUUAUGAGGACCAACCAAACUGGAGAAAAUAUCUUAGAAAAAAGGGGAAUGCCAUUAGGUUAUGGUCUUGAAAUAUAACUUGCAUAAACCACAGACCAAACUGCAGCCCGAAGGACUUGUACGUAAACCCUAUUCUUAGUUGUUUUUAUAUUGUGGUAUAAUACAGUAAUCAUUACAUUGAUGCAAGCUGGUUCUGCUCUUCACUGCAACAGUAGUGUCAUGUAAAACUGUACGGCAUAGCCUAUUGCGAAUUGACUUCAGAUGCAAAUGUACACAAAAGCACAGUUUGAUAAUAUUUUAUUGUCUCUUCACUUAGCCAUAAUUACCAGGCAAAUGUAUUACAGCUUUUCAAGUAGUCAACAAGUCUCCUGCUCAGCUGUUUGUGUGAUUGGCUUAGCUGGCCACUUCUGCUGUCAUUAUACUCCAGCUCUGGAAAAAAAUAGAUUACCGAUAAGAGACAAGAGUUUGAGAACUGUCCAGUUCUUGAAAUGUUGCUUCAUCAACAUGGUUAACUUUGUGGGGCUUCUGUUGGACCAGAACUGAAGAGAAACAUCGGUGUAUACAUGAUUUCAAUAUAGUGAAAUGAAUUGCUGGGGUUAACUGAAUGAAGUUAUAGUUGGGGAGGGCUGUAAGUGCUUCUGAAUUUACUAUAAGCAAGGCAACAUUAGAAAAUGUAUAAAUCAUGAGUUUUAUUCAUUGCUUGUGAACCACUGACUCAUCAAAUAUAAGGGGAUAAUUAGAAUGCUG